GUUUGGAAAUGGCGGUGGACAGUGUUAAAGUUAUAAAUUACGAUCAUAUCAAACGCAGCAAACCACAAUCUGGACGUCUUUAUAAAGGUCAGGCUAUUGUUGCUGCCAAUGCAUCAAUACCAACAAAAUUCCAAACUAUUGUCACAGAGAACUGUGAUAAAAAAGGAUUUUUAUCCAAGGCUAAACGAUUUAAUGAUGAUUCUUUCAUGACAGAAGUUCCAGCUCCUGGAAGCUAUGGGGCUUUAAGCAAAGAUGAUGUCACAAAUCCAUCUUUUUCUAAGAAAGGAACUGGCUCUUUUGCUUCUAAGUCAAAAAGGCAACUCAGUUUUGCACUGCCAAGCGGUCCUGGACCUGGAAUCUAUGCCUUACCAAGUCUUCUUAGCACCAGGAAAAAUUUUAACAGGUGUAAAGUUGAAAGGCUGUUUCAGCUUCCUAUAGCCCAGACUGUCCAGAAAUCAGACGGAGUGCCUGCCCCUAAUUCAUAUGAGGUGCUAAAAUAUUCUAUGGGCAAGUCAAAUAAUGUCACAGCUAAUGCAGCAUUCAAGUCCAAAACAAAGAGAGACAUGCUGAAUUUAUCGGAACAAAAGAACAAUCCAGCACCAGGUCAGUAUGACAUCAAUGACCAGCUGUUGCACCAGAGUGCAAAAGUUCCACUGUCCAGCUUUAAGUCAAAGUCUAAACGUCAGUUACAACCUAAAGGGGAUGAGGUUCCUGGUCCAGGGGCAUACGACCCUAAUGCACCAAUAGAACAACCAGCUAAACUCAUUUUUCCGAGAAAGCAUUAUCUGUGUAUAUCAGCACCAGCCAUGCCCCUCCCAGUGACACCCCCUUCCCCAGGCCCUGGGGCGUAUGAGCUGAGGAGUUUUGACGAGGCCCCCAAGCAUUACAUGUCCAGUUCUGCUUUUGUGUCAACAACAGGAAGGUGGGCGGGGCACGGGUCUGACCCAGAUCUUCCUGGACCAGCUCAUUACAGACCACUUCAGCUAGGAAAACAGUCAUUUAUUUUUAAUUCUUCAAGGCGAUGGAUUUAACAACUCUUGCUUGUGGUGACAUCAAAUUGUAUUUUUCCCCGAAUACUUACAAGUGUUACUGAUGGAAAGUGAUGUUGAUUUUAAAUGUAAUUUAAUUCACAAGAUAAAUUAUUUGGUUAUCUAGGAUAAUAUGGAAUUUUGUGGUGCAGUAGUAGAGCACAUACUUGUUAACUCUUAAGUCAUGAGUUCAGUUCAUUGAACUUACCUGAGCCCACUCAGCUGUGAAGAGUACCUAAUUUGAGGUAGGGAAAGAAAGGCUGCUGACCAUUCCCACAACAGGUGAUCUCUACUUCAUUCACCCUAUUGACCAAGUUAGAAAAAGGAACUCUAGUUCACUAAUUUAUACAGAUGGACAGUAAAUCUACCAGAUAUUUAAACUUUUUUGUUAAAAUUAACAUGCUUUUGUAAUGUUUGAAGAUGCAAUAUGUUAAUGAUAGUUGUCGUUGACAUUAUAAUAUUACAACUUGUUUACUGAGCAUGCUAUAUGUGAAUGCUGGUUCAUAGGAAUAUAUGUGCAUAUCUGUGAUAAGCAAAUUUUAAAUUUGCCAAAAUAUUGAAACUGUGUAUAUACAUUUGAAAUGGAACUUGUUACUUCCCCUUGUAAAAUAAAACUAACUCUACUGGACUUCUCAUGUUAGGAGUUGUCCAUAAAUUAUGUCCCCCUUUAAAAGACAUAUUUACCUCCACCUUCAUUAGUUAUCAAUAGUCAAACACACCAUUCCUCUAUAAAAUAAUUCAACCUACCUCUGCCUCCCUCCCCAACUACAAAUUCUAGUAAACAGAUGUCUUUAAAAUAUCAAGAUGUUCAAUUUGUCUACGCUUACAUAGAGAGCUUAAGAAUCUGCUUUAAAAUGUAGAAGUUUGACAUCACAAUUCAGAAACUCCCAUUAGUGUGAUGCCACAAUAUCGACAAGAUGUACCAUUGUUUGUAAAGUGUUGUAUGACAGCAUUCACAAAUUUCCCUAUCCAACUUGUCAAAAGUCCACAGUAUUAUUUAUAUUUCUUUUUUUUUUAAUGUAAAAAAAUGUUACAUUUGUAUAUUUGUUCUCUAAUGUGUA